CAGAAGCUGGGGGAUAUAAUAAUUUAAGUGUUAAUGAUUUAAUUUGUAAUAUAUGUUAUAAUAGAUGUAUCAAUUAUGAUUCUCAUAUUAAACCUAAUAAAAAACCUAAUGAUGAUAAUUUGUUUAAAACAAAUGUACAAAGUUCUUCAUCUUCAAAAUUAGUAGAAUUAGAAGCACAAGUUGAAGAACUCUAA